AUGAGUAACUCUCUCAAAGAUUUAAACGCCAUCAGAGACAACUUCCCAAUUGACAAAAUCUACAAAUCAGUCCCAUUACCAGACUCCAAGUCUCCAGGACAUUCUUCAAUUUAUAGGAAUCAAUCAUCUCAAGAUGAACUGGUGGAGACUAUCCAUCCAAAGCUGACCACUUUCCAUGAUUUUUUCCAGCAUUCAUUGAAUCUAUACGGUGAUGAAUAUUGUUAUGGUGAACGUCCAAUCAUUGAUGGUAAAGUGCAAGACUAUUUCCAAUAUCAGACAUAUAAGGAGAUCGAACUUAGAAAGGACAAUUUUGCAUCUGGGUUGAUUACAUUAGUGCAGAACAAUCCAAAUUUUGAUUCAGCAGAAUUUCUAUGUAAAGAUGGGAAGCCAAAUUUCAUUGUUUCAUUAUUUAGUGGUAAUAGAUUAGAGUGGAUGCUAACUGAUCUGGCUACAAGAGAUUAUUCAUUACCAAACACUGCAUUAUAUGAUACUUUGGGCCCUGAUGCUUCUAAAUAUAUUUUGGAUCUGACAAAAAGUCCAGCUGUUGUGUUAUCUAAAGAGAAGAUUGUAAAAGUGUUGGAUUUGAAGAGACAAUAUGGAUUGAAAUCUCUUCAUUUAUUGGUAUCUAUGGAUACAUUAGAUUUUGCUAAAGAUUAUGGAUUGAUUCAAUAUGCUUCUAGUCUAAACAUUCAAUUGGUUGAUUUCAAACACGUUGAAAAUUUUGGAGCUCUCAAUAAAUUACCUAAGGAUUUCAAUUUACCAAAACCCUCAACUAUUUACACUAUAUCGUUUACUUCGGGAACUACAGGUAAUCCAAAGGGGGUGCUUUUAGAUCACAAGAUUGCAAUUUCUGGUAUCUCUUCAUGUUUUAUCCAUUUCAAAAAGCCUAUUGAAAAAAUUGAUGAAGAAUCCUAUUAUGAUUUUGCUAGUAAUGUUGAUAAUAAUGGGAAACAGCUACGUGCCCUGAGCUAUUUACCUUUGGCACAUAUUUAUGAACGAAUGUUGAUAAAUUGGGCAACUUUUACAGGUAUUGCUAUUGCUUUCCCUUCUAAAACUGGUACUGCAUCAUUAUUUGAAGAUUUGAAGAUUUUGCAACCACAUUAUUUCACAGGUGUUCCUAGAGUUUAUUCAAGAAUUGAGACUGCAAUCAAGACUCACAUUUCAUCACUGAAUUCAAUCUCUUUGAAAUUUUUUGAAAAAUCGAUGGAACAAUCAAAAGAAUCUUGGUUAUAUUCAUCAUUAUCACAUCUAAAUCAAUUGAAGGCAGAAUUAGGUUUCCAAAAUGUCAACUACUGUACAAGUGCUAGUGCACCAAUGUCACCACAUGCCAUUAAAUUUUUAAAAUCUUCGCUUCAUGUUGGAUUUGAAAACUCUUAUGGAUUAACAGAAUCAUUUGCGGUAAUGUCAUGUGAUGAUCCAUUUGGUGAUGCUUAUAUGGGUAAUGUUGGACCUCCUUGUGUUUCCACUGAGAUGAGAUUGAAAGAUGUUGAGCAUAUGGGGUAUAGUGCAAGUGGAGAUUCAACUCCUCGUGGAGAAUUACAACUACGAGGACCACAGAUCUAUUUGGGUUAUUAUAAAAAUGAGAAAGCCACAGAGGAAGCACUGGCUGAAGAUGGCUGGUUUAGUACAGGUGAUAUUGCAACUUUUGAUGAAAACGGUCGUAUAAUUAUCAUUGACCGUGUAAAGAAUUUUUUCAAAUUGAGUCAAGGGGAGUACAUUACACCUGAGAAAGUUGAAAAUACAUAUUUGACUAGUAACCAAUUGAUUACACAGUUAUUUGUCCAUGGUGAUUCUCUGAAGAACUAUUUAGUUGGUGUUGCAGGUAUUGAGCCUGAAAGUUUCAAAAAGUUUCUAAAGGCUAACUUUGAUAUUGAAGUUCUUGAUGAUAAUGAAGAUUUACCAAAGCUGUUCAAAGAUCCAAAGAUCAAGGCUGCUUUAGUGAAGACCAUCAAUUCUCAUGUUAACAAAUCUGGUUUACAAGGUUUUGAAAAACUUCAUAAUGUCCAUGUUGAUUUCGAACCUUUAAAGAUGGAGGAUGAAGUUUUGACUCCAACUUUGAAAUUGAAAAGAGAAAAUGCUAGAAAGAAGUUUAAAGAAAUCUUGGAAAACUUGUACGAUGAAGGAUCUCUUUUCAACAGGGACAGAUUGUGA